UCGACGGGUAGUGUUGACCCUAACCCCAGCGCUCAGCCUUGACUUGGCUGUCUUGUGGUCGGUCGUAGUUACAACGAGGCUGUUUGCCCAAUUUCUUGUCAUUUAUCCACCAGGAGCCACUGCUGCGGCUGGGCUAGAAAAGUUCUUGCAUUAAUACUCCGUUGGACAAUACAGGACGGAGCAACACAAUGCUUGCCAUCGCACUCAUCGCGUACGCGCUCGUAUACGCGCAGCCAACGCUAUGUGCCUUUGCAACAGCAGAGUCACUCGCGUCGCAAUACUCUUUGACAACCAGCACCAGUAUACCCUUUCCAACAGCCACUCUCUCUAACACAGAUGCUCAGUCCUUCAUUGUUUCGCAAUGGUCGCUUAGCAAGGGAAAGAUACAAGACGGCUCAGGGAAUCUCGCCUUCGUGCAGGACCCAUUCCCAAAUGCAUCAGUGCCCGGGUCUAGCGACACUUCGUCCAGUGGACCAGUGUUGCAGGUUACAUACCCUGCUGGAACGUUCUCCUCUUCAACAGGAGGCGCCCAGCUUUAUUCGCUGUGGAAUACCUCAGAUGGAUCGCAGUUCCACUCUGUGCUCCUCACUUAUGAGGUCGCCUUCGAUACCAACUUUCAGUUUGUGAAGGGUGGAAAGCUGCCAGGACUGAGAGGUGGUCCCGAGCCUGAUGGCUGUUCGGGUGGGUCCGCCGCCAACGGUAGCAAUUGCUUCAGCACUCGACUCAUGUGGAGAAAAGAGGGCGAAGGCGAAGUGUACACUUAUAUUCCGACUCCCAAUGAUAUCUGCGACAACUCGGACUUCCACUGCAAUUCCGAUGGGUUUGGUACAAGUAUCAAGCGCGGUGCUUUCAGUUUUGUACCAGGACAAUGGAAUCGUAUCACAAUGCUUGUUAGAUUAAAUGAACCCACAGACAUUGCGAACGGUCAAGUGUCCAUGUGGUACAACAAUGUAGAUGCGAUAGAUGAAGAGAGCCUCGUGUACCGUCGCGACGACGUCAUUAACAUUGGCGGACUCUACCUUUCGACCUUCUUCGGAGGUAACGAUGAUUCAUGGGCAUCGCCGCAGACUGUUCACAGUUACUUCCGUGAUUUCGAACUUUGGGGUAGCUCUACACCAUCGAACCUCACUGGUGAGAAAAUCAGCGCGGCCUCGCUCACGGCUGUCCGCCUGGAGCUCAAGUCGAUUAUGGCGUUCUCGCUGGGUGUUGGAUGCAUUUUACUUUUCGGGGCUGGUCUCCUCUAGAUUACGUGUAUGCAUUUCCCCUCUUUUGCUGUUGGACUCUGGACCGCUACAUAGCUUGGAUUAUCUUCUUUGUUACGACAAACAUUUGUACAAUGGCUGUAUGAUGUAUUGUAUACCU